AUGUUAACCCACACGGACAGUGGAUUUAAGAUAUCCGAAGAAAAUAUGAGUCACUUUAUGUAUAUGGAUGAUAUCAAACUGAUAUCCAACACACAAAAUGGCCUAAAUAAACUUAUAAGAACAACUGAAGAAUUUUCCAAUGAUAUAAGAAUGAACUUUGGCCUAGAAAAAUGUAAAACAAACCAUAUGAAAAGAGGAAAAUGGUGUCAGUCAGAUGACUUCAUCCUUCUAGAAGAAUCAGGAGGAGGAACUGUGAGAUCUAUGGAUAAACAUGAAACAUACAAAUAUCUAAAGUUUAUACAGUCACAGGGAAUUAAUGGCAGUGAAAUGAAAAAUCAAAUAAAGAACACAUUCAAGACCCGAUUAAAUGCUGUCAUGAAGACCCAGCUCUGCGGAAGCAAUAAAGUCCAAGCUACAAAUACAUUUGUAAUGCCAACGAUAACAUAUAGCUUUGGAAUCAUUAAAUGGACCCCUACAGAACUGGACGAACAAAACAGGUCUGUUAGAACCACGUAUACAAAAUAUCGAUCCCAUCAUCCAAAAGCAUGUAAAGAACGUUUCCAUCUUCCAAGAGAUAUAGGGGGGCGAGGCGUCAUGGAUCUGCGACUACAACAUAAAAAACAAAUUAAAAACCUACGAACGUAUUUCCAUACGAUAGCAUCUACAUCAAGCCUCUAUGAUACCAUAAGCAAAACAGAUAAAAAAUUGACGCCUCUGAAUCUUAGUGAUAAAGAAAUGGAUAUAGAUGCUGAUUACACAAUAGCUCUGCAAAAAAGCAAGUGGCAAGGAAAAGAGCUACAUGGCCGAUACCUCAAUACACUUGAUCUGGACAGCAUUCAUAAGCCAGCUUCAUUAGCAUGGCUGACACACGGAACGAUUUUCCCAGAGACAGAGGGAUUUAUGUGCCCAAUUCAAGACCAAGUAAUAGCCACAAGAUCAUACCUAAAAUAUAUAAUAAAGGACCCCACAAUUAAAACAACUGUAUGCCGAAUGUGCGGAGAAGGAAACGAGAAUAUAGAACACAUUAUUAGUAGUUGUACAACGCUAGCUUCAAGAGAGUAUACCGACAGACAUAACAACGUAGCAAAAAUAAUACAUACAGAACUUAGUUUGAAGUAUAAAUGCAUUAACGAGCGCAUUCCAUAUUAUAAUUAUGUCCCAAUGAACGUCCUAGAGAAUGAGGCUUGUAAAUUAUACUGGGAUAGAGAAAUAUUAACAGAUCGGACAGUGCAACACAACAGACCAGACAUAUGUCUGCUGGACAAACUCAAAAAAGAAAUCUAUCUUAUUGAUAUCGCUGUCCCUGCCCCUACAAAUGUCAACCGAAAACAUCAAGAAAAGAUCGACAAAUAUAUCUUACUAGCACAGGAUAUGAAAGAAGUCUGGGGAGUAGAUAAGGUGUCAGUGGUGCCUAUAGUGAUUGGAUCAACUGGAGAAAUCCCCAAGCAGCUCCUUCACAAUCUGAAAAAACUGGAACUUAACCAAAAUCUUUACAUACAACUUCAGAAGUCAGUUAUUCUCGCAACAUGCAAUAUAAUGAGAAAAGUAUUAAACUUGAGAAGAUAG